AUGGCGGACUCCCUUACCGAAGAGCAGGUCUCCGAGUUCAAGGAGGCAUUCUCCCUGUUUGACAAGGACGGCGAUGGCCAGAUCACCACCAAAGAGCUGGGAACUGUGAUGCGCUCGCUGGGGCAGAACCCUUCCGAGUCGGAGCUUCAAGACAUGAUCAACGAAGUUGACGCCGAUAACAAUGGCACCAUUGACUUCCCUGAAUUCCUCACCAUGAUGGCCCGCAAGAUGAAGGACACCGACUCUGAGGAGGAAAUUCGGGAGGCUUUCAAGGUCUUUGACCGCGACAACAACGGUUUCAUUUCAGCCGCCGAGCUGCGCCACGUUAUGACCUCGAUCGGCGAGAAACUCACAGAUGACGAGGUUGAUGAGAUGAUCCGGGAGGCUGAUCAGGAUGGCGAUGGCCGCAUUGACUACAAUGAGUUCGUGCAGCUCAUGAUGCAGAAGUAA